AUGACAUCCACCUCCCCAGUCGGUGAUGGUGCUCUCAAUAGGCCCCUUGCAGCCAGCCCCAGCAGCAAUGAUGGCGGCACUGAUGCUGCCAAACGAAAAGCGGAACCCAGCAGUGGAACUCACACGCGAACAAAGCGGAAUCGCUACAUCUCGCUGGCCUGCAAUGAAUGCAAGCGUCGGAAAAUCAAGUGCAAUGGCCAGAUGCCCUGCCAACGUUGCGGGCACCUCUCUCUAGAAUGUCUUUAUGCUCCUAACUGCUGCACUCGUAGCAUCAAAGAUUCAGAGGAAUUUCGUUCUAUGAAAGAGCACAUCGAGACGUUACAAGACCAAGUGAAUACCUUGUUUGCUAAUAUAAACGAGCUGUAUCACAAAACCGACUCACCAGGCAUUGAAUCCAGUGUCUACGGCCGAGAAGGUUCACAGUCCCUCUCCCAGCCAAGUUAUGAUUCUCAAACCCAUAUUUCAUCACGGGCUCGCUCGAAUCAUCCUCGUUUUCAUGGGCCCACGAGCACUACCUUCAAUCUCCAUGUUGCCAAAUCAAGCCUACAAACAAUGGGAAUUACUCCGGCUGAGGAUGGAAACCUUGAAUUGUUUGCUGGCCAGGAUGCAACGCCUUCUGGUUCCCCUCCCCUGCGAUCACAGCAACUGCCGCAUAUCCCACAGCUUCUGGCCCAUCCGAAUAAAGAUCCAUUAUGGAUAAUAAAACGUGAGGAAGCAAUUAGGUUAUGUCGGGUUUACGAACGCGAAAUCGGAAUCAUGUAUCCAUUCCUCGAUAUUGAGAGUUUAAUUACGCACACUAACCUUCUCUUCACGUUCCUUGAGGCCGCGUCUCGGACAGGCUUUACGAAACGCUUUAAACCUGGCCCUGAUAUGCUGACUGAUGAUGACACCUGUAUCCUUAAGAUGGUCCUUGCAAUUACGUUAAUUGUUGAAGGCAAUGGCCAAAGCGCCCUAGGGACCCGGUUAUUUACUACGACAAAACAGAGGAUUGAGAUGAAACUGUGGGAGCCAACUGAUAUUCGAACGAUCCAAUCAUUCACUCUCAUGGCCACAUACUAUUUUCAUACCGAUGAAGACCCUAUGUCUUAUCGAUUUAUCGGCCAUGCCACCCGCAUGUGUCUUGAGCUUGGUUUACAUCGAAGAGAUGGUAUGUUUAAAGUUUGUCCAAACGAAGCGGACGUACCUUCUGUCGUUAAGUUGUUUUGGUCUGUCUACAGCUUGGAUCGACGUUGGAGUUUUGGAAUGGGAUUGCCAUUCAUCAUUCAGGAUGAGGAUAUAGAUGCAUCUUUACCGGAACCCGAUGAUUCUGUACCAUAUCUGAAAGCCAUGAUAUCAUAUUGUCGUAUUAGCUCUAAAAUUUGGUACUCUGGUUUGGGCUCUGCAGGCACUACGACUGCCAAAAGAGAAGUAGUUGGCUUCCUGGACUAUCAGGUCCUCCAAUGGCUGAAGAGCGUCCCAGAGAAUCUGAGGUUCUAUUCGCCCGGGCAUCCUGAAAAUGGUGACGGCGUCGAUAGAGAGACCCGACGUUUGCGCGUACUGCUAUACAUUCGCGGCAAUCACAUGAGAAUACUAAUUUACCGUCCUGUGCUACAUUCCACUAGUGGCAUCCUUGAGAACAUGGGAUACGCCCAAACUGUCGUCGAUAUUGCCAAAGACACCAUUCGCGUCCUCACUCACCUCAACCAAACAUCCGACAUCUAUCGUUCUCAUCAGAUGCUGUUCAACUACUUCCUCGUCUCUGCGCUGGCAGUCCUUCUCCUCGCUGUGUCCCAUGCUCCUGCCGAUUUCAAUCGCCAGGUACGGGACGAGUUCUACAUGGCCCUGGACCUAGUAAAAGGGUUCAGUGCCAAAUCAUACGUUUCGAAGCGCUUGUGGAAAAUGAUCAAAGGGUUACGGGGAAUUGGAGAGAAGCUUGGCCUACUCAAUCGCCCCGCCCCGCCCGAUCAGAAUGACCCUCAUUCAACAGCAGCUGUUGCAAUGGCCGGACUAGCCGGCCAUCCCAUGGACGUGAUGACUGCCAGUGUGUAUCGCGACAUCAACCCACGCGGUGAGCUGGGCGACGGCCCGCAGGAUGGCAUUCAGAUGAGUAAUGAGCUGACGAAUUUGUUUGAGGCUGUCGGGGGUUACGGCGGUUUUUUGACUCAGACUAGCGGCGGCGGAGACGGAGAUGCGAUUAAUGGCGAAAUUGUCAAUGCUCAGGGGGAUCUGCCCAACGCAGAGGGCUUGGGCUCUAUUCUCGGGAAUGAAGCAGAGUUUGCCCGAAUCAUGCGAGAUGUAUUCUAGAUGACGGAUGGGCUCCGCCAUUUUUGUUUU